UGUUUUUAGUUUUCCUACCUGCUCUUCGUACGUCUUUUCCUGUCUGGUUUUUCCUCUGCCCAGGUUGCUUUUUUCACCAUGAUGGACGGAAUUAGUGCUGUGGACAUAUCAGCAGCGGGCACAAAGAGAGGUUCUGACGAACUGUUACCCCAAAGCACCGGACAGAAUGGAGCCACAGCAAUUGCCAAUGCAGUGGCAGCAAAUCCAGGAUCCUUAUCACCUACCAAUUCAAAUGAUGCAAAAAAGGUAAAGCUGGACACUAAAAGUAAUGGGAAGGCCUCCCGAGUAGUACACAUACGUAAUGUAGUUGCAGAUGCUACUGAAUCAGAAAUCAUAGCCCUCGGUGUGCCUUUUGGUCGCGUUACCAACAUUUUGUUGUUGAAAGGUAAAAGCCAGGCUUUCUUGGAGAUGGAAAAUGAGACUGCUGCGACGACAAUGGUGAAUUACUAUUCGCAUGUUACAGCCAACAUCAGAGGAAGACCGGUCUAUGUACAGUUUUCAAAUCAUAAAGAAUUAAAAACAGAAAAUGCACCAGCGCAACAGACUGCAGCAGCACAAGCAGCGUUAGCAGCAGCACAGUCCCUAAUGCCACAGACACUGGGUGUACAUCCAGGAGACACGCUAGGAGGACAGAACACUGUGUUGAGAGUCAUUGUAGAAAAUAUGCUUUAUCCAGUCACUGUAGAUAUUUUGCAUCAGAUUUUUUCCAAAUUUGGUGCAGUGUUGAAAAUUAUCACAUUCAAUAAAAACAACACCUUUCAGGCCUUGAUUCAGUUCGCAGAUGCGGUCUCUGCCCAGGCUUCAAAACUGUCGCUUGAUGGGCAAAACAUUUAUAACGCAUGCUGCACACUCAGAAUUGAUUAUUCCAAACUGACUACCCUGAAUGUGAAAUACAACAAUGACAAAAGCCGAGAUUACACACGACCAGAUCUCCCAUCAGGUGAUGGCCAGCCUCCACUUGACCCAGCAAUGGCGUUUGGUAGGUCUAUUUAUAUCAUGCUAGAUCCGAAUGAAACUGGUUUGAACUGGCAUUAUCCAGAUACACCUGGGAAUGCAGCUCCAGGUAUGCUGCCAACCCCAAACGCUGCUGCCAUGGGUGCUGCUUUUGCUAACCCAGCAUUGGCGGGAUAUGGUGCUACAGUGCCUGGUCUGCCCGGGAUGUACUCUAUGCCAACCCACGUUUCUGCAGCAGCUGCGGCGGCAGGACUUCGUUAUGCCGGACAGAUGCAGCAGCAAGGAUGUGUACUAUUGGUCAGCAACCUGAACGCUGAGCUGGUCACGCCUGAAGUUCUCUUUACUCUCUUUGGAGUGUAUGGCGAUGUACACAGAGUAAAAAUAAUAUUUGCUAAGAAAGACACUGCUUUGGUGCAGUUAGCAGAACCACAUCAAGCACAAACGGCUAUGACUCACCUCAAUGGCAUCAAGAUGUUUGGGAAGCCCCUCAGGAUUACGCUGUCCAAACACCAACUGGUACAGCUACCGAAAGAAGGACAGCCGGACGCAGGGUUAACGAAGGACUUUCAGAGUUCACCGUUGCAUCGUUUCAAGAAACCAGGGUCAAAGAACUUCAUGAACAUUUACCCGCCCUCGGCGACCUUGCAUCUUUCAAACAUUCCUCCCAAUGUAACAGAGCAAGAUAUCACAAGUGCCUUCACCAGACAUGGAUCAGUCAGUGCUUUUAAAUUUUUCCAGAAAGACCGCAAAAUGGCCUUAAUCCAGAUGGAUUCAAUAGAAGAGGCUGUCACAGCGCUUGUGGCAAUGCACAACUACCAACUGAGCAACUCAAGCCACUUACGAGUGUCGUUUUCUAAGGCCACUAUCUAGUAAGAAAACUCCUCACCCAACCAUCCAAGAAAAAACAAAACACAGGAGAGAGGCUGAAGAUAUCGAUGUCAUACAAGUCGAUGAUGACCAAACACAGAGACCAAAGCGUUGACGCAAUCAACAUUUUGCUGUUUGUACAUAUAUUUUGGUGGAUCUAGGGUAUUUUAAUUAUUGUUGUAGUUACACAUGUUGCACAUGUUAAACCCAAAGCAAUAACAAACGGGAUAUACUUUUUAUUGCGGAAUAAAUUUCUAUAUAAGAUUAGCAUGGUAAUUUGAUUUUAAAGGGUGGAUUGAAGCAAUAUUUUGGAAAUUUCUCACAAACUUAUAGAAUUGGUAGACUCAGCAAAAUGUUGAUUGACCUGUAGGUACCACAUUCCAGAAGACAAUCCAGGAUGACUUGAACUAAUUUUAUUUGAGUAAUCUUGAUUGUAGACAGAGGGUAAAUUAGGUGGAUAAUUGUAUAUGUUUGACCCCCACCCCUUACCACCUGGUCUGUAAUUUGCAAGGAAGACCAAUUCAUUCAUCAGAAAAGAUGGGUUUUUUUUGAAUGUUUUUACCAGCCCCCUAAAAGUAAAGGGCAAAGUUUUUUUUUUGACAAUAUAAAAUAGUUUUCCAUGAUUUAAUUAGUUGUAUAGAAUUUUAUAUUUGGAAGAAUCAUAUUUUGUUGUUUGUAUGUUUGUUUGUUUAUUUGUUGACACUGGAUCCUUGCUCAUGACCCACAUCAGUCUGGGUCUGAAUACACUCGUAUAUAGAACUUGUCGCAGUACGAGGUGGUGUAUAAUCUGCGUGGGAUUAGACAGCUAUGGCAGCCCUCAAUUCAGAAAAAAAAAUUAAAUUUAUUUUUUUAAAUCUGAAAACAUUUUUUUUUUUUACUAAAGUGAAGGCUGAUUAGUAAAGUACUACAAGUUUUAGUAAAAUCAACCAUCAGUAGCUACCAGCUUGGACAUUUACAAUGUACAUAAUUGCCAGUGUUUUUUUGUUUUUUUGGAGGGGGAGAGGGUGAAGUAGACUGUGAAUGUAUGGAGGUGAAGUAACCUCAUAAAGAAGUGGCUCUUUGUAUCUUUAUUGCUGUAAAUAUUUCAUCCAUUCAUGUAAUACUAUUGGAUUGUUCAGAAAUAUCAAGGGGUUUUGAGUCGUUUAACAUUUCCGUUCCCCUCCACAUACUCGCAUUGGAGAUAUUGCUCUGAUAAAACAUCCCCCUGUCAAUCCUGCCUCUCCCUCCAUUUAUGAAUGGGACAACCCCAUUGGCAUGAACCAAUUGAAGGUGAGAAGCCAAAGAUUCACUGGUUUCCAAAACUAUUCAAGAGACCUACAAUUCUGUGACUUUAUAACAGUUCUGUCUCUCUCCGGCUUUAGAGCUUCUGCCAUAGCUGUUUAGUGUUAUCCUUUUGUGUUGGCAUCUCAAACGAAUGCCAUUACUACAAUUAAUAACUGCAUCAUAAGGGUAUAUCAUAUGCAGAUUUUUUUUUCCAGUUUAAAUCUAAAAAGGAGACCAAGUCUUGACUAUAUAUUUUGGUAUUGUUAUGGGAAUAUAUUAUUUAUAUAUAUCACGAGAAACUUAGUUAUUAAAGGUUAACGUGUAUCUGUCCACAAAUUUCUCCCCUCUUUGUAUGAUUCUUUUGAUUUUUCAUCUCUCUUACUGACUUGUAUAAUAACAAAAAUCAAUCUAGUGCCUUUCAGAAUGAUGAAGCUGCUUUGCAGGUUUGCUUAUCUCAUUGUAAAUUUUACAAGUUAUAUUUCAUGUAAGUUUACUGCUGUCUUCUUUACCCCCUUCUGGUCCUACAACAACAGAGACCUAAGGAUUUUGCUUGUGACAAAAACAAAUUUGAUCAUGGAUGUACAUUUUUUUUUCUCAUCAAUGUAUUUCUGGUUAGGUGGUUUGCAGGAGAAGCUUUUCACUUUGUCAUGAGGAGUUUAAAAAAAUUAUUUUGUGGUCAAGUGGAAUAAACACCAUUGACGAAAAGCCACACAUUAAAAUUUGUGCUUUCCACACCACCCUCAGCUCAUUCUUGUGUAAGCUGCUCCUACUUAUCUCUAUUCUUGGCAAUAUGGACUAGUCUUGACAUUGUAAUUUUGAUUAGAAAACUUUAAUUUUGCACAAGUGAAGAGGGAAGAUGUCAAAACUAUUUGUAUAUGGAAAUUGGUUUUCAUGUUCAAAGUUGUGGAAAUCAGCAGUGUAAUCUUAUUGGGGGCCUUUAAUUUAGACAUUUUAAAAUGGUUGGCUAACUUUUACUAGCUAUAACAAUUGACUUUUUCUCGUAACUUUUUUUCUUAUUUUUUCUAGAUUUUAUGUUAGAACUCUUUCUUGUGUGUUUCUUACUAUCUCUUUAUCUAACUUGUAUUAUCGUUUAACUGAUAAUUUUAGCGUUUAUCCACAAAAGUUGAUUUGUAGUGACUUAAUAAUUUGUGAUGCUGUAGAUAUUGUGUAUGUGACACAUUUUUUUGUUUUAUAAUUGUUAGCUUAAAACUACGAUUGUUGCUAAGUUUAUUAUCUGCCUAUUUUGUAAGGGUAUUUUGACGAUCAUUAAAUCAUUACUGAUACUUCAACCGCUUUCUCUUUUCAUUCUUUAAUUGUUGACUUUCCAACUUCUUCUUCUCUCUUUUCCUCUUCUCGAUCUCCCCGAAACCUUCAGUCAAAUGGCCAGUCACGAUAAUACAUGUAAUAUUAAUAAUUACUUUAAAUUUUGACGCAAAUAACAAAAUAACAAAAAUGGAAUUACAGAAAUCCUGUACUUUUUAGUUUGACUGAUGGUCUACAGAGGAUCAAAUCCACUAAUUUUUUUAUUUUAUUUUUUUUUUUGAACGAGUACAUAUCAUCAUACAAGGUAAAGCUUAUUGGGUAUAAAACUGAGGCUUUUGUCAAAUAUGUUUCUUUUGCUUUGUUUUUAGUUAGUGAUCUAUAAUCUAACAGAAGAUUCAGAUUCUUGUGUAUUUAUUCAUUAAGAGAUGCAAAAAGGAGAAAAUAAUGAAUGAAUUCUAUUAUGUACAAAGGAGGGUGUUUUUUAAAAAAAAAUACUUUUGAAAGAACCCAGCAAUGUUUUAUAAGAAGCAUUAUAGUUUGGUGAAAUGCCUGAGGCUGUAAAAAUCAAAAACAAAUUCUGUUUUGUGAAACGAAAAGCUAGUCUAUCUCAAUCUAUGCGAAUCUGGUCUGUAGUUAUUGCUUGAGAGCUGAUGGAAUGAAGGCAAAGAAUAAGAAAUAAAUAUGGUUAUUUGAUUUCUUUUGUAAA